AUGGCAGUUGAACGAAUGCGCAAGGCACAGGAAUCAGGUUACUACUCGGUCCUAGAGAUUGAUGUGGACGCAAGUCCGUCCGUUAUUGUGAAAGCUUAUCGCUCCAUGGCGCUCAAGUACCACCCAGAUAAAAAUCCCAAUGCAAGACCAGAUCAAUUUAUAGCAAUCAACGAAGCCUACGAAGUCUUAUCGGAUCCGAAAAAGCGACGACUCCCAGUUGGUACCGUUAUUACUGUCCUUCGUGACGGGUUUCCUUGGAUCCAGUUUGGCAUGUAUUAUUGUCAUCAACCUAGUGUACAGGAAGAUGUCGAGCCUCCAAUCACGCCCGAAAGAAAGUCCGUUUCCGUGUCUGACUACGUUACUAUCACAUUCAUGGGCCUACUCGUCGAUAAAAGUGACGUAUUCUCCGAGAAAGCAUGUCACCACUUCAUUUGGACACCACCUAAAAUGGAUCGAAGUUGUCGCUAUCUUUGA